AUGGCCACCUCAACCCUCUUCACGCUGCCAAUUCCCACCACACCCACCACCACAGGCACCGGCAGCAUAGUCUGCACGACCCCCAGCCCAGGGAUCUACCUACUAACCUUCACCUCUCCUCCCGACAACCGCCUCGUAACAGCCGUGUGCCAGACCUUCCUCCUCGCGCUCGACAUCCUCGAGUUCUCGCACCCACCCGGCGUCGUCAUCACCACAUCCGGCAUCCCCAAGUUCUACAGCAACGGUCUCGAUCUCCAACAUGCCACCUCCACCCCAGGCUACUGGCCCAACACCCUAUUCGCGCUCUGGCGCCGUCUGCUCACAUACCCAAUGCCCACGAUCGCGCUACUAAACGGGCACGCAUUCGCCGGCGGCCUCAUGCUCGCCAUGUACCACGACUAUCGGAUCUUCAACCCGACGCGCGGGUUCCUCUGCCUCAACGAGCUCGAUCUGGGCGUGCCCCUCAAACCGCCCAUGGCGUCCAUCUUCCGGCAGAAGCUGCCCGCGGCGACGUUCCAGAAAUUGGUGCUGGAGGCGAAACGAUUCACGGCCAAGGAGGCGCUGGAUGCGGGCCUCGUGGAUGCGUUGGGCGGCAUGGAUGAGCUGUUGGGGUUUGUCAGGGAGAGGAAGUUGACGGAGAAGACGAGGGGCGGUGUGUAUGGCGUGUUGAGGGCGGAGAUGUGGAGGGAGACGUUGGGGUAUUUGGACGGGUUUGAGGAGGGGGAGAGGAGGGAUCGGGAGUUUGGGAGGGAGGAGGCGAGGAGGGAGACGGAGGGUAGGAGGAGAGUUGAUGAGUGGGAGAAGAGUGGUAAGGGGAAGGCUAAGUUGUAG